GCAGACGUGAAGGAAGGUAUAAACUCGGUGAUUCACUAUCGAGCAUUCCACAAUUUCAGCCGGCUAUACACAGACUCGAGGAUACCAAUGAGGCGCUUAUGCAUUACAUAAAGGAAUUACGACUCAGGUUAAAAAAUUUGGGUCUUAUCCUGGCACCACAAUUCGAAGUCGUCGGUGAUGAAACCACGGGUCGGGUUGAUUAUGCCAUCAAAAAACUCCUAGAUUCAUUGCGUAAGGAAAUUAAUUUACUUCAGAUUGAGAGCGCGUGUCAAACGAAUAAGCGGAAACAUAAGGCAGGAGAGGCAUUUUCUGACGAAUACGACUACAUGAACGGGAUUGUAACUACAGCAACGGAAUGGUACUUCAUUUUGUACAUGACUGAAGGAAUUUAUUUCACGAGCGAGAAGGAUUACCUCAUCAGCUUCAAAAAGUCGGCCCUCGAUAAUAGGGCAGGCGCAGUGAAUGAGAAACCAUUGGCGAAAAAACGUCGCGUUG